CCUCCCUUUUUUCUUCACCAGCAAAGCUGUUCCCUUCACUGUGUCAUUCUUUCUACGUUCCUUUCACUACAAUCACCCGUCUCAAUGGCUAACUUCAAGCUGUUCCUUGCGCUGGCCGCAUGCCUGUCUGGACAGGUCCUUGGUGCCCCGACUGCCAGCAAGACCGUUGCCAAGCGCGCUUCGGCUAACGACGUUGCUCACGGCUAUGCCAGCCAGAACGGUGGCACUACCGGUGGUGCCGGCGGUACGACCACCACCGUCUCCUCCUACGCCCAGUUCACUGAAGCUGUCUCCAGCGACGAUGCUAAGGUCGUCUACGUUAGCGGCGCUAUCUCGCAGCAGGCGAAGCAGGUGAAGAUCGGUAGCAAUACUAGCAUCAUCGGAAAGGACGCCAACGCCGUCCUUGAGGGAUUCGGCCUCCUCGUCAAGAAGAAAGAGAAUGUCAUCAUCCGUAACCUGGGUGUCAAGAAGGUCCUUGCCGAGAACGGUGAUGCCAUCGGCGUCCAGUACUCCAACAACGUCUGGAUCGACCACUGCGAUGUCUCCUCCGACCGUGACCACGACAAGGACUACUACGAUGGUUUGAUCGAUCUCACCCACGCCGCCGACUACGUCACCGUCUCCAAUACCUUCAUUCAUGACCACUGGAAGGCCGUCCUGAUCGGCCACUCCAACAACAACGGCGACGAAGACACCGGCCACCUCCGCAUCACCCUCAACAACAACUACCUGUACAACCUGAACUCCCGUGGACCCUCUUUCCGCUUCGGUACCGGCCACCUCUACAACAACUACUACCUGGACGUCAGCGACGGCAUCAACACCCGCAAGGGCGCCCAGCUCCUGGUCGAGGGCAACAAGUUCGACGGCGGCAAGAAGCCCCUCUACUCCACUGAUAGCGGAUAUGCUGUUGCCAAGGACAACGACUUCGGUAGUGGCGAGAACACCGCCCCUGAGGGUACCCUUACCAGCGUUCCCUACAAAUAUGACCUCAUUGCUGCUUCGGCCGUUAAGGGUGCCGUCCACGGUACCGCUGGUCAGACUCUGACCUUCUAGGUUGGAGACUGUGAUUAGUGGUGGAGUCACGAUGUUGGGGG